AUGAAACUCAUCGCUAAUUUGCAAGACGAGAAAACCCCCUACGGAACUAAAGGAUUUUUAUUUUAUUUUACUGGGGCUCAUAAAUUGCAAUCCUUCGGGUUGGCUGGGACCGCUAGAAAAAGAGCUAAAAGAGGUUAUAAAGCAACGACGGCAAGCAAUUGGGUGAAAGUCAAACCCCUGCGCGCAAAGAGCGCUGCGCAGAUCAAAACUCGCCGAGCACCUAACGCGGACUCCAACGGGCGGUGA